AUGACACAAUCAGAACAGUAUAUUUCAUAUAGUCAGUUCAUUAUUUUUCUAAUAUUACUCAUCUUGAUCAUUCCAUCAAUUCUCUGUUCGUGUUUCAUCUUUUAUCAUUUCGUUCGAUUGCGAGAAGUACGUCAACGAAUCAAUAAUCAUGUUGUGCUUGUUUUGCUAAUCCUCACAUUUAUCCAAGUCACUGGUGAAUUGCCAUUAACUUUAAAUUUCUUACAUACCGGUUCAGCAGUCGUUUCAUCAAGAGAAUUUUGUCAAUUUUGGAUUAUUUUUAAUUAUAUGCUUUUUACAUGCAGUUUAUGGACAAUGGCCGUAGCAAGUAUUCAGCGAUAUUGGCUGGUGUUCCAUCGAACGUUUUUCGAUAGACAUCUCUUUCUUUUACAUUAUAUUCCCUUGUGUCUUUGUAUUCUAUAUCCAGUUGUACUUUAUAGUUACCUGGUAACGAGAUAUUCGUGUGUGAAUAACUAUGAUUACUCAUUAUGGACAUGUGGUGGCGCUUGUUAUCUCUAUGAACCUGUUCUUGGCACGCUGGAUUGGGUGGUUAACGGUUGUAUAAAUGUUCUUCUCAGUACUUUUGCAACAUUAUUAAUCGUGAUUCGUGUUUUAAUACAAAAGAGUCGAGUAACAACUCAACGAUCAAUAUGGAAUCGAAGUCGCCGUCUUAUUGUUCAACUCGUAGCACUGUCCACACUUUAUAUAUUAGUAUGGUUACCGUGCGUGAUAUGUUUUGUUAUUACACUUUUCACAUCUUCUCGUCUUUUGUCAUCAAUCUAUUCCGAUUAUCUUAGUUAUUAUCAAUAUUUAUCAAGUCUUCUCUGUCCAUUUGUUUGUUUGGCCGGUUUACAUAAAGUGAGACACGCAUUGAGAUGUAAAAAUCAACUUCAACCACAAAAUGGAUGA